AUGAGUGACGUUUCCUGGCCGUCCGACUCCGACGAGCGACGGAAAGCCGCUCAGGUGGCGCCCGCUGGUGGGAAAGGGAACCACCGCGGAGCGCCCGAUCGAUCGCGCAUCGAGUGCCCAACAAGGCGCUCGCUCGUCUUCCUGUCUUUGCUCGGGCUUUGGAACGCUGCCCCUGGGUUGUCACCCACGGCAACGGCGGCGGCGGAGACGGUGACGGCAUCGGUGCGGGUGGGCGUCGUGCUGGACCUGAGGAGCGACGUGGGGAGGAAGAGACAUACGUGCAUUUCCAUGGCGUUGCACGACUUCGACCUCAGGCACCCGAGCUACGCCAAGCGGGUGGAGCUUCACGUGAUGGAUUCCCGCGGGGACGCCGCUACGACAGCACAUGCUGCCGAGGAUCUGAUCAAGAAUGUCCGAGCGCACGCCAUCAUAUGGGGUCCUCACACGCUGACCAAAGAGGAUCAUGUCUCACACUUGGGCCGUCAAUCCGACCACAACCAUAUCCCGGUUAUCUCCUAUUCCAGCACUUCACCAGCAUCAUGUACCUUCUGGAUAGAAGAUCCUGUAAAAGCUUCUGGAGGCCACCCGAAGUUUGGCUUUACACUUGGAAGUGGCAGUAUAACGUUUCUUAAUCUGAAGACUGAUAAAAGAAACGGCGCAAAUCUGGAUUGUGAAGGUCCACGUAUGAAGAUUGCGGUGCCUAAAAAACAGGGUUUCAAAGAAUUUGUGGAUACUACUGAUCCGAAUAACAUCACUGGAUAUAGCAUUGAUAUCUUCAAGGCUUCAUUGGAGACUUUAUAUCCUAUUCCAUGCUAUGACUAUUCUGUUUUUCAAGGUACCUACGAUGAGCUAGUAGGCAACGUAUCUUCAGGGACCUAUGCCGCUGCAGUAGGCGACGUGACCAUAACCGCAGAACGGGUCACUUGCACGGACUUUACAAUGCCAUACACACAGUCCGGUGUCUCUAUGCUUGUUCUCGCCGAGGAUGAACCAAAUACAAUACGGUGGACAUUUGUAGAGCCACUAAAUUGGAGGCUCUGGUUUGCAAGCCUGGUCUUCUUCUUGUAUACUGGCUUUGCUCUGUGGAUGAUUGAACUGCCCAGAAAUCAAGAGUACCAAGGAUCAAGUUUGAGACAGUGUAGUACUGCCCUCUACUUUGUUUUCUCUACUUUGACUUUUUCUCAUGGUCAAAGUAUUAGAAGCCCCUUGUCAAAAAUUGUUGUGGUGAUAUGGUGUUUCGUAGUGUUGAUUCUAGUACAGAGCUACGCAGCAAGCUUGUCAUCUAUCUUAACCGCAAAGAGGCUUCGUCCUUUCAUGAAUGAUUUUGACCAGCUCCAGCGCAGUGGCGACUUUGUAGGAUACCAAACUGAUUCGUUUGUUCGCUCCUUCUUGAUGAAUCAUAAAUUCAUUGAAAGUAGGCUAAGGAACUACACGACGAAAGAAGAAUAUGCUGAAGCUUUAAGGCUGGGGUCAAAGAAUGGAGGGGUGUCGGCUAUCAUCGAUGAGAUUCCCUAUUUAACGUCUUUCCUCUCUUAUCGGCAUUACAAAAAUAAUUUUAAGAUACUCGGGAGCAUAUACAAGACUCCUGGGUUUGGGUUUGCAUUUCAUCUAGGUUCUCCACUCGCGCAUAAUCUUUCGAUUGCCAUCCUGAAUCUUACAGGAGGGGGCUCAGAAAUCGAAGCGAAGUGGUUUGGAAGAUUCUCACCACCGAUCGGUGUUGGCACGAACAAUGAUUCCGGGCCUCUCACUUUAGAAAGCUUCUCUGGUCUCUUUAUCGUCACGGGUUCCAUUUCGACUCUGAUGCUUCUGGUAAGCAUUGCGAGGAGGCUUUAUGCCAAAUGUACCAGUUUGGGAAAGGCUGAUGUGGGAAGCGUCAGCUAUAUUGGUGUCGACGACAACUUGGAUCCGUUACAGAAUGGCACGGGCAACAAUCCUAGCCCUGAUCAAGAACCCAUCAGUGAAAUCGAUAAUGACGAUUUGCAGGGAGUCCAUGCGGACGGACAAAAUGCUCAAGAAGAAGCGCCUGGUCCAGUGCAGCAGAAUGGCACAGACGGAGGUUCUGAGCCUGCAGAACACAUUCAGAUUGAGAUGGGCACUAUAUGA